AUGGAUGACUGUGAAUCAGACAUAUUACUAAAAGAACUCGAGGCUGACUACUCAGACGCCCUUAAAUACGUAGACCGCGAAUUAGAGAAGAAAACAACAACAAUCACUGUUGAUGAUUAUGAGCGAAUACAGAAAAUUGGCCAGGGAACAUUUGGUGAAGUAUUUAAAGUAUGUCACAAGGUUACCAAACAACUUUAUGCUCUAAAACGUCUUAAAAUAGAACAAGAAACAGAAGGUUUUCCAGUUACUGCAUUACGUGAGAUCAAAAUUCUGAGUUCACUUUCCCAUGAAAAUAUUGUGCGCUUAAGAGGUGUUUGUCAUAAAAGAGUCUUGUACAUAAAUUACAGAUAUGAAUUCUAUCUUCUGUUUGACAUUUGUGAACAUGAUCUCGCUGGAUUGCUGGCUCAAGCAAUUGAAUUGAGUCUACCGGUCAAGAAGAGCAUUAUGCAGCAACUGCUUACGGGACUUAGCUUUUUACACAGGAACCAUGUUCUUCACCGGGACUUAAAAUCAUCUAAUAUAUUAAUUGACCGUGAGGGUGUUUUAAAAAUAGCAGACUUUGGACUGGCCCGGUUGAUGUCCAGAUGUAUUAGACCUGACCGUCCUUCUCGCUACACUGGUCGUGUAGUAACUUUAUGGUAUCGACCGCCAGAAAUUUUGCUCAAUGAUCGUUUUUACGGGCGAGCAGUAGAUAUCUGGGGUGCUGGUUGCAUUAUGGCUGAACUUUGGACCACUUACCCCAUUUUGCAGGGUGAAAAUGAGUUGCUUCAACUCAACCUAAUCAUUCAACUAUGCGGGUCCAUUACACCUGAAGUUUGGCCGUCAGUUCAAAAUCUAGAGACUUAUCAGAAAAUAAAACUACCCAAAGAGAUUAAACGCCACUUAAAAGAGAAACUGUUGCCACAGAUCUCUUGUCCUUCAGCGGUUGAUUUAAUCGAUAAAAUGCUUGUUUUAGAUCCAAGUAAACGUCUCAAAGCUGACCAGGCCUUAUCGCACGAUUUUUUCCGUGAAGAUCCACCUCCAGGUGAUUUGAGCUGUCUAUCAAAGAAUGGUGGAUCGUUUUUAGAGUAUUUAGGAAGAUGCAAUCUACCGAUACAACGUGGAAUAGCGAACAACUUCCGGAAUCCUGCCAAUCCGAAUUUUGCUGCUAGACAUGGCCCCGGUGGUGGACCUAAUCAACAAAUUAUUGCUCAACCCUAUCGAUACUGUGGUCUUCCAGCCGAUCAGGAUUCAUCUAACAUAAAUGACCGUAUAUUUUGA